AUGCCCCAGAAGCAGAUCCCGACUCCGCGGCCCGACGGCCCACCAAGCGCGUACGCCUCACCGCCGCCCGCUGCCAGGCCGUCGGUGACGCGCUACGUCUGCGCCGCCGCACCGCCCCGUGACGUCAUGGCGCCCGCGCCGCUGCCGUCACCGGGGCCGCGUAGGUCUUUUCCUAGUAACCUGGGCGAUAGCUGUGAAUGUUCACAAGGAUCGUCUUCAGUCAUGGCCUUGGGUUUAAGGUGCUUCCGCUUGGUCCACCCUGUCUUUUGUAACUCCCUUGCAGCCUGGACCAGACCUGUUUCAGAAGGGACACUGAAGACAGCGAGUGGAAGACAAAAUGACCGUGGGCAAUCCGUGGCCCCCCCGGCUGUACCAAUCCGUCAUUUUGCUACCAAGAAAGCCAAAGCCAAAGGUAAAGGACAGUUCCAAACCAGAGUGAAUCUUAACGCUGCCUUGGUUGAGGAUAUAAUCAGCUUGGAAGAGGUGGAUGAAGAAAUGAAGUCCGUGAUGGAAGCACUCAAAGACAAUUUCAAUAAGACUGUCAAUAUAAGGACCUCACCAGGAUCCCUUGAUCAUAUCACUGUGGUAACUGCUGAUGGGAAGCUUGCUUUAAACCAGAUUGGCCAGAUCUCCAUGAAGUCUCCACAACUGAUUUUGGUGAAUAUGGCCAGCUUCCCAGAGUGUACAGCUGCAGCUAUCAAGGCUAUAAGAGAAAGUGGAAUGAAUCUGAACCCAGAAGUGGAAGGGACGCUAAUUCGGGUACCCAUUCCCAAAGUAACCAGGGAGCACAGGGAAAUGCUGGUGAAACUGGCCAAGCAGAACACCAACAAGGCCAAGGAUUCCUUGCGGAAAGUUCGUACCGAUGCAAUGAAUAAGCUGAAGAAAUCAAAGGACAAGGUCUCAGAGGACACCAUUAGGCUCAUAGAGAAACAGAUCAGCCAAAUGGCCGAUGACACCGUUGCAGAGCUGGACCGGCAUCUGGCAGUGAAGACCAAAGAACUCCUUGGAUGAGAGUCCCCCCAGGGCAGCAGUACUCCGGAUCCCGGUUUCUGGUGGAUCCCAUGGAUGGCAGAUUGCCCCCUUUCUUCUCUGCCCACACGGAAGGCUGUCACCUGCGGUUACCAGUCUUUGUGAGGCUCAGGCUUCUAGUGCGAUACCCUGACUUGGGCACUCUCUUCCUCCUGUUCCCUGUCCACCCCAUUCUGCUCUGGCCCUCUGCCUUGGGAGGCCCUCAGAGCGUAUCAGCUGUGAUGGGUGGCCUCUACUUAGGGCAUUUGCCUGAUGGUGACAUUGCCAAACGACUAGGACUAUCAGCGGGCUCAGCACCGUCUGUUUCUCAUCUCGGGAGCCUCCUUUUCAGUUAGUUGGGCCCCAUCCCCGGCUUUGAACUCUGGGCUGAUGUGGGCCUUCGCCUGUGACUGGGUCCCUUUGCUAGAGGCUUGUUUUUACCGAACAAUAAAAUCAAAAUCAAUUGGAAAGAAUAAUCACCACAAAGGAAUGGAUAGUCUGGAUUCAUGGUCUCUGAGGACCCAUAUGUAAAGCCACUGGAACA